CGCGGACUUCUUGGGGUUGUUUAUCACUCCACUCACUAUUAUGUUUAUUAAUUCUGUUUGCUUAUUUUACGCUGGGUCGGUGCUCCGACCGUGUCCGACACAUAACAGUUUUCCACUUUACUGAAAUUAAUACUUGAUUUCAAGUUGUUAAAUUUACUAGUUUGAGGCUUGUUUUUUUUAUUGAUAUUUUCUGUAUUAGCAUAACUGUGUUAGCUUUGUGGACCCUGUUUGUUUGGUGUCACCAAUAAGUUCUGUUUAGAUUAGUCCUGCAUUCCAGUUUUGCUGCUUUUACAUCAUUCCAAACAAAACAUACCGGCUAAAUAACCAAAUUUAUAACUACUGUUAGCCACUUGACAGAUGCGUCUAUAAAUUCAGCGUACCCAUAGGAUGUUGGACGGGUCCUCAGAACACCAGGAGAGUAAAAUUCAAAUAAUUAGAAUGGGUGAGUUCAAGGAAGCUUAAAUCAUAUCUUUAAUCCACCUUUAAAUAAACUGAAUAUGGUGCAUUCGGAUUUUCCUCUUCCCGUGUGUGUGAGAGAGAAAGGUCAUUGUGUUUGCACUUCAUGACCACCGAAUUCCAAUUAUUAUCGAUGCAAGAGUCUUUUGAGAGGUUAGGGGGUGAAAAGUGUGUGUGUGUGCGGCGAUGUAAUCCGAUUCUGCAGAAUAAACAGGGAGCGCAUAGAUCUGCUUCUCAUUCAGGUGGGACGAACCGGAACAAACCAUGAAUGCCAAGAGCUCAGCGACAGUUGUGCGCGCGUUAACGCAAGUGUGCGUUGUUGGGCGUGAAUGGUGGGCGUGUCGCAGUCUAUGAAAGCCAUGUGCGCGACCACAGAGUGCCACAAGGAGCGUCUUUACGCACAAGAACAAACUCAUUCACGGUGGUCUGCUGAACAAACUAUGUAUCUGCUGAGGACUUUGGCUUCUUGGCUGCUGCUGCUUUUCGUUGCGCACCGGAUCUCCGUCUCCUGCGCGCGCGGCAAAGAGCGCGCACGGGAGCAGGGGGUGACCGCAGCGCCACGCAGGAGCGCAAACCACCGUGGAAAGUUCUCCGGCGGUGACGUGCACUGUACGUGGACGUCCAGAACCGUGCAGGAGACGGUGCGCCUGUCGGUGAAGUGCGAGGACCCGGAGGCGCGCGUCAAAGGCGGAGUCACCGAGCUGCAGUGUGAAUAUGGCGCAAAACCCGCACUUUGUGCGGGCUUCCGGUCCGAUCCUAAAGGCUUCUGGAAGCAGGUGAGCCGCGCCAUGAAAAAGCUACAGGGAAAACUGUGUCAGGACGAGCGCGCGCUGGUGAAGGCGGGGAUGUGUAAGCGUGCGCCCCGCGGUGCGCAUUUCAAAUUGGACCCGAGAAACUCGGUGGCUGCCUCUCAGUCUGGCAGCGACUGGGAAACUCCUCCUCCGUCCCUUCGGGAGGUCCGCCCCACCGCCACCGCAGCUCCCGACCGGACGACGGCGUGCGCAAAACGCGCGAACCACCGCAAAGCGGCUGAAGAGUACUGCAACAGCUCGUGGGCCAGUUUGUGUAAUUUCUUCAUGAAUUUACUGCAAAGUGACGACUGCUAAGCACAAAACCAGUGCGCAGUGUGGACAUGAACAUAUGCGUAAAGUGGACAUGAAAUAGUUCGUCAAAUAACCAGGGUUGGGUAGGAUUACUUUGAAAUGUAAUCCAAAAGUAAUCAGAUUACAAGUAAUCCAAAUCUAUGUACAUACAUACAUGUAGUCCUACGCAACCUUGCAAAAAAAUAUUUUAAGUCCAUAUUGUGAUUAAAAAAAUACUCGAGAUUUUUAAUGAUCUUGGACUUUCUUCUACCUGUACCUCUUGUAUGAAGAACACCACUGUAACUUUCAUGUAUUUUAAAUAAAUAUUUUGUAGUCUAAAA